AUGCGGCGCUCCCUAGCACCCAGUCGGCGGUCGACUUCAACCCCCGAUGCAAAAAAGCGUCGAACCUCGAGUCGGGAAGCCGAACAGGAGAAUGAGGCGGAGAAUCCUGUUUCAGAUCAUGAGAAAUUCAUCCGUGAUCUCCUCGCGAGGCCUUUCAGAGUGCCCCUGAAAAACUUCGUCACUUCGGCGUCGACGAAAACCUUGGGGCGUCGAAAACCGGUGGGACCGCGACCCUUACACGAUCCAUUCGAAGAGAACGCAUUAGUGCUGUUUUCGCCGAAGCCUGGUCAACCGAAGGAGAUUGUGCAUGUGGUCGUAGAUCCGAACCUUACACGUGUACUCAGACCGCAUCAAAGAGAAGGAGUGAAGUUCAUGUAUGAUUGCUUGACCGGAGCUCAAAUCGAAGGUAGCUACGGCUGCAUAAUGGCGGACGAAAUGGGAUUGGGGAAAACCCUACAAACCAUAACCGUUAUCUGGUCACUCGUUAGGCAGGGGCCGACGUACGGGAAACCGACUGUGAGUAAAGCGCUUAUCGUCACUCCAUCUAGUCUAGUGAAGAAUUGGGCGAACGAGUUGAAGAAAUGGUUGGGGGAUCGGGCUCGUUACGUGACUCUCGAAGGCGGAUCAGGAAAAUCAGUAGAUGAUGAUAUUGCCGGUUUUUUGAGCAAUCGAUGCGUUCCCAUCCUGAUCCUCAGUUACGAGACACUUCGCUUACACAUCGCUGCUCUCCGCGACUCCUCAAGCGUUGGGCUGAUCGUAUGUGACGAAGGCCAUCGACUCAAGAACUCGGAUAAUCAGACGUACCGAUCGCUGAACGAACUCAAGACUCCCAGACGUCUCUUGCUUUCGGGAACGCCAAUUCAGAAUGAUCUGCUGGAGUACUUCUCGCUCGUGCAUUUUGUGAAUAACGGGAUACUCGGCACGGGCGCCGAGUUCCGGAAAAAGUUCGAGAAUCCCAUUCUGCGAUCCCGUGAAGCCGAUUCGACAGCGGAUCAGAGAUCCAAGGGACAGGAAAAGCUCGACGAGUUAGUCGGAAUCGUGAAUCGUUGCCUGAUACGGCGAACGAACGCUCUCCUAUCACAGUAUUUGCCCAUCAAACACGAACUCGUCGUUUGUUGUAAUCUCACCGACGCACAGAAGAAGGCUUACAAAGACUUCAGUAAGUCGUACGAUCAGAAAGAUUGUACUGCCUUGGCGGCCAUAACGACUCUGAAGAAAAUUUGCAACCACCCGUCGCUCGCGGAGGAAUCGAGAGCUGCCUCCGAGAAGUUUGAUCCAUCCCAGUCGGGAAAGUUUCACAUUCUGGACGGUCUCCUCGCCGCCAUCAAAGCGACCUCGAACGACAAGGUCGUCUUAGUGUCGAACUAUACACAAACGAUGGAGCUCUUCGAGCAGCUGUGCAGGAUGCGCGGUUAUGGAUACUUCCGAUUAGAUGGAACAAUGUCUUCGAAGAAGAGGGACAAACUCGUGACCCAAUUCAACGACGUAAACUCCUCCGAAAUGGUGUUUCUAUUGAGCAGCAAGGCGGGUGGCUGCGGUCUGAACAUCAUAGGGGCCAACAGACUCGUCAUGUUCGAUCCGGAUUGGAAUCCGGCAAGCGAUCAGCAAGCGAUGGCCAGAGUGUGGAGAGACGGUCAGCGCAAGCCAUGCUACGUGUACCGACUCAUCUCGACAGGUUCGAUAGAAGAGAAAAUCUUCCAGCGACAAACUCACAAAACAAUACUCUCGUCGGUGGUCGUCGAUUCGAGCGCACAAGCGGAGCGACACUUCUCUACGGCGGAUCUCCGAGACUUGUUCAGACUCGAUGAACACGAGCUCCACUCCAGUACACAUAGCCAAAUUAAAUGCUCGCGAUGCGUAAAUAAUAUCCAAGUGCGACCGCCUCCCGACGACGCUGAUGUCUCGUCUGAUUUAUCGCUCUGGCACCAUCAUUCGUCAAAAAAUCAUUUCACGGUAGAUAUGGCUUUGAAGAAAAUUUGGCACUUCGGCGUUACUUUUGUUUUCGCUCAGAACUCGCACAAGCCGCGACAAAUUCCGUGA